UUACAUUUACGAAACUUAGCGCAUACGCACACGUGAUGUGAUGAGCAACCGUUACCCUUUCUCACCCGCACCUCUCACGUGCCUCAGCUCCUCCGAACGGCGUCGUUUCCGCCGCAACCUCGACGUCUCCGCCGUCCGCCGUCGCCACCACCGUCGCCGCAUUCUAAAGAAGUAUGCUCCGGACUUGGCGCUUCCGCCUCCACACACACCCACCAUAUUCAAGCUCUCCGAUGACACCUUUCAGAUAAGCCUAAAUCCUACUCUGAAUUCCAUUCAGCGAUUGGAGGCGAGGCUCAAUCAGUUCCUGGACUACGGCCGGGAAGCCUUUGAUGACUUGCGAACUCUGGUCACGGUCGAUAGGAGCAGCGGGGGAUUCACAAUCACCUGCAGAAGGUCAACCAUCGAAUUUUUCGUCGCAUUGUUUAUUUCCAGUUUCGUGGUGGUGGUUGCUCUUCGAGGUCUGUUUAAACCUCGAAAUUCCGGCGGCGAGGUGCUGAUAUAUAGGAGAGACAGGAGCCUCGGAGGCAAGGAGGUGGUGGUCGGGUCGAGGGAGACAAAUUGGUCGACAAGCCGUAAAUUGACGCCAUUGAAUUCGUCGGAUAAUGAGAGAAAUUAUGGAAGGGAAAGGAAUAGGGCAACAAUGGAGAGAAGGAAGAAGGCAGAGCUGCCGCAGUGGUGGCCUCAGGUAGUAAAUUCGGUUUCUGACGAAUCCAUCAAUAAGGAGGAGUAUCAAAGGAUGGUUAAUCAACUUGUUCAAGCAAUAAUGGACCGGAAAAUGACUGGGGAGGACAUUUCAACAAAUGAUGUAGUUCAGUUACGCCACAUAUGCAAGACAUAUGGAGUGCGGGCCUUCAUUAACACAGAAAAUGCACGAGAUUCACUUUACCGGAUGUCGAUUAACUUUGUUUUGGACUUCUGUGAGAGCAUAUCCACUGUGUCCACAUCCAUUGACUCCAUUCAGAUUAAUGGUGAAGAUGUGCGAGAGUUUGUUGCUGGUCUUGCUGAUAACAUUGGACUUGAAAGUGCUCGUGCUGUGAGAAUGGUAUCUGCGGCUGUUGCAGCACGCACCCGAUCAAAAAUCUUGCAGGCUUGGGCAUUAGAAGUUCAAAAUAAGCAUUCUGAUGCACUGGCUGAGCUAUUCAAAGUCUGCCUUAUUCAUCGAACUUUCCCUCCUGAAGAGAACUCUCCGGAGAUGGAAAUGGUAGCAAGAGGCCUUGACAAGUCUCUAAGCACAGAUCAAAGAGAACAUAUUUUGAACUCAUUCAUCACCAUUUGUGGCGAUGACAUUGACCGGAGUGUUGUGGAAGCACUAGGUUUGAACUAAUCAAUCAGAAGAUAUACUGUUAACAUCCAGAAUUUUGUGGAGAAACAAGUGACUAUAAUACAAGUCAUUUCCGGGGCACUCUGAAUCCCCUGGUGCAAUGUCGGAAAAUGCAAGUUACCAAGGCAUCAUUUCAUCGAAAGCUACAUCUCAAUUCAAGCUCAGAUCCACACAUGGAAGGAUGAAAAAUACACACUUUCAGGCAUCAAACUCUGUCUCCCAUUCAUAACAAGGUAAACAUUUUCGACCGACUUUCUUAUAAUGUGCUAGUUUUUAUCUUCACAUUUACGGUAGUAUAAUUUAUUUACCUCUUAUUUAUGUCAAGAGAAAUGCAUUGUGGCUUUUAAUAGUAUAACAAGAAUUAUGUACUAAUAGUUAUAAUUUACUCUUCCCUUCAAUCAUAACUUGUUUAUUAUAAAAAAAAACACUCAAUA